AUGCCCACACUGAUUUCGCUUGCCAAGGUGGCUGUUGUAGCCUCUUGCGUAUUUGGUUUGACCUAUGCCGAACCUGCCAUGUUCCAACAACAAGACGCCAUUGUUGAUUUUGGCGAGAAAGCAUGGAGUGACGUUCAACAUGUCUUUCAAGGUGCUACUGAUAAGGUUCACAGUGCUACUGACAAGGUCAAGGAAAUCUUGCAUAAUGGUGCCGAUACAUUUACUACUUUUACCCACCCUGCUUUCUCUGAAUAUGCCUUGAGAUACAAGAGACCCACCCUUUGUGACCCUGAUGUGAAACAAAUUUCUGGUUAUUUGGAUGUCGGAAGCGAUAAGCACUUUUUCUUUUGGUUCUUUGAAUCCAGAGAUAAGCCUAAGGAAGAUCCCGUCGUUUUAUGGUUGAACGGUGGUCCUGGUUGUUCUUCUUUGACCGGCCUCUUUAUGGAGCUUGGACCUUGUACUGUCAAUGAGGAAGGCACUGACACUGUUAUCAACAAGUAUUCUUGGAACGAAAAGGCCAAUGUCAUCUUCUUGGAUCAACCCUUGAAUGUCGGUUAUUCUCAUGGUAGCGGUGGUGCCUCCAACACGGAUGCUGCUGCCAAAGAUGUGUAUGCUUUCCUUCAACUUUUCUUUAAGGAAUUCCCUCAAUACGCUGACCUUGAUUUCCACAUUUCUGGUGAAUCUUAUGCUGGUCAUUACAUUCCCGCCAUCGGUGGUGUCAUCAACGAUAACAACAAAGGACAUUUCAAGUCAUUGGAACUCUUAAAGAAGAAGCACACCCUGGCCGAUAUCAACUUGAAGAGUUUAUUGAUUGGAAACGGCUUGACUGACCCUUUGGUUCAAUACAAAUACUACGCACAAAUGGCCUGUGAUAACUCUUAUGGCCCUGUAUUGGACAGAGCCACUUGCGAUAACAUGGAAGCCAGCUUCCCUGCUUGUGAACGCUUGAUUCAAAAUUGCUAUGAUAGCCAAAACGUCUUUUCUUGCUUGCCUGCUGCCAUGAAGUGUAACAAAGACCAAAUUUCACCUUAUCAACAAACUGGCAUGAAUCCUUAUGAUGUCCGCGAAAAGUGCAAGGGCGGUAAUCUUUGCUACGAUAUCCUUGAAUCUGUUCAAAAGUACUUGAAUAUCCCUGCUGUCAAGGAAGAAGUGGGUGCUGAAACCGACAAGUAUGAGAGCUGCAACAUGCAAAUCAACUUUAGAUUCCAAAUGGCCGGUGAUUGGAUGCGUCCCUAUGUAAAUGAAGUUCCCAAGCUUUUGGAGGAUGAUAUCAAGAUUUUGAUUUAUGCUGGCGAUGCUGAUUUCAUUUGUAAUUGGAUGGGUAAUAAGGCUUGGACUAUUCAAUUGCCUUGGUCUGGUCAUGAAGAGUUCUCCAAUGCUAAUGAUACUGAAUGGUAUUCUGAUAUCGCUGGUAAGCAAGCUGGCGAACUUCGUAAGACUGACGAUGGCCGUUUCGCUUUCUUACGUGUCUUUGGUGCUGGUCACAUGGUUCCUUACGACCAACCUGAAAGCGGCCUUGAUAUGUUGCAACAAUGGGUUCGUGGUGAACUUAAUUAA